CACUAUAAAUACUCUCCCUGAAUGAACAUCACAAAAAGCAAAUUAAAGACAACAAACCUCCAUAGUAUAUAUAGCAAGCUAAGCAAAAUCCCAAGCUAGGUUUUGCUUUAAUUUUCCAUUUCUCAUAUUUGAUUGAAUCACCAUGGCCUCUACCAUUAUUAGCUUGUGGAGUUUGGUAGUUGCUAUCCUUGCAUUUGCUCUCGCAGUGCAAGGAACUUUAGGAGGUAUAGAAUGCGAGAAGCUGAACCAUGAGACAUGCGCGUUUGCGGUGUCAUCGGCCGGAAAACGAUGUGUGCUAGAGAAGGAGGUGAAAAGGUCAGGAAUGGAAGCAUACACAUGCAAGACAUCAGAGAUUGAAGCUGAUGAGAAGCUGAAGGAUCACAUUGAGAGUGAGGAAUGCAUCAAGUCAUGUGGUUUGGACAGAAAGUCCUUUGGAAUCUCAUCAGAUUCUCUUUUGGAAUCUCGCUUCACACAAAACCUUUGCUCACCUCAUUGCUACCAAGCAUGCCCUAAUGUUGUUGACCUGUACUUCAAUCUUGCUGCUGGUGAAGGAGUGUUUCUUCCCAAGUUGUGUGAAGCAGAAGGUGGAAAUGCACGGAGAGGAAUGGCUGAGAUCAAAAGUUCUGGUAUUGUGGCACCUGCACCUGAUGUUCGUUCAGUGAAGUUCACAGCUGCUACUCCU